GCGGCGGCGGCGGUUCCACCCAGCCUCCCGGAAGGCGGGGCUUUUCGUUGGCUGCGGCGGCUCGCCAGUUUUGCUUCCAUGAUCCUUGAAUCCCUGGAGCAUGAAGGUCAAAGUGAUUUCAAUUUUGGAAGACAAUUACAUGUACCUGAUCAUUGAAGAAACCACCAGAGAGGCCAUUGCAGUGGAUGCUGCUGUUUCCAAGCGGCUCCUAGAGAUCAUCCGAAGGGAAGACAUUCUUCUAAAAGCCAUUCUGACCACCCACCACCAUUGGGAUCAUGCAAGAGACAAUGAAGAACUGGCCAAACUUUAUCCCGGCCUGGAGGUAUACGGUGGGGACGAACGAGUGGGAGCUCUGACACACCAAGUGACUCAUGAGGAGGAGUUAAAGUUUGGCAGCAUCAAUAUACGGUGCCUUCUCACUCCAGGCCACACCGUGGGACACGUCUGCUACUUCGUGUGGGAAAACGAUUCUCUGAAUGCUCCUGCAGCUUUCACAGGUGACACCUUAUUUGUCGGUGGUUGUGGGAGACUCCUGGAAUGCACAGCUGAACAGCUGUACAAGAGCCUGAUGGAGGUCCUGGGUGGGCUGCCAAAGGAGACGAAAAUCUUUUGUGGACACGAGUACACAACCCAGAAUUUGAAGUUUGCCUCAAAGGUGGAACCAGAGAAUGAAUUUGUGAAAGAAAAGCUCAUUUGGGCUAAACUCCGAGAAGAUGAAGACCUUCCAACAGUGCCUUCUACUUUGGCCGAGGAGUUCCUCUACAACCCGUUCCUUCGCAUCUUCUGCAGCAAAUACAUCUGGAUUUCACAGCCCCCUUUCCAGCAGCGUCAUGUGGGGCAGAAGCUUGCCGAGGAGAAAUUGCCUUCCUCCGUUUCCCAAAGGAGGGAAACUGUCUUUUCCUAUCUUGCUUUAUCUUUACAACUAUCUUGCUGCAAAUAUGGUGACGAGCAUCGAAGUUAACUCCUUACUUCUGUGAAGGCAGGCGCUAUAGAGCUAUGCAAAAUGGAGGAGGAAAAUGUAUUGUUGUCUGCCUCCCAAUUUACUGUGAAUUUAAUGACAACUAUUCAUUCACCUUUUAAUUUAAUUUUUUUUUAAAAAAAUUGUUUUGUUGCAAUUUAAAUCCAACCUUUCCUUCAGGUGUUCAAAGUAAGCAUACAGUACAUACCAUUCACUCCUCCAUAGCUCUGUGUCUGGAGAUUUGAGAUUGAAUCAUUGAGACAGUUAGUCAGAUUGACCCCAAAAUCCCUCUCCCCUUUCCAUGGCUGAGCUUAGCUUUGAGCAGGAGGCUCCCUGGGGCAAGCUGAAGCUACGCCAUCCUGGCCAGAAGCCUUCUGAAAAUGAGCCACCAUUGGGCGUGGUGAAAUUUUUUGAGUUAAGAAAGAAAAACGCUGGUGUUAUUAAAGGCAGAUUUGUCGUCUUCCGAACACUCUCCAACCCAAAUCCCUCACUUGGCAUCAAGGCAAUGUUUUGUAGAAAUGAGAAGAAAGUAUUUUAAUGUGCCUUACUUUUUUUUCCUUAAACAGAUGAGAAUGGGUUAAUCAGAUUUAUCUCCAAAGGCAAAAAUGCAAGCUAUUUAAAAUUGGGGAGGAAAUUGGGAGCGUGCAAAUGCUCAUAAAAAUAAAUCACAUGAAUAAAUAAUAAUGCAAUGAAUAAAUGCAUUGAAGGCUGCACAAUGCAUCUCCUAAUCGGCAAACCUGAAUUGCCUUCGCUUUCGGAUUGAAGAACUUUUUAGGCCUAAACAUAAUUUAUUCUUGUAGUGUCCAAAAUUCCCUUAGUUGAGCAUGUUUGCUCCCCAGAUAAUGUUGGGCAGCCUGAAAUAGUGCAACAAUUCCAUUGCACUGCACCUUUCUCAUUUGAGAUAUGUGGGGGUGGGGGAAUGUAUAGUGUGCUGCUAUGGCACCCAGGCGGAUGUAAAACUUUCGAGUUUCUUUCCCACAGUAGAGUUAUCUACUUACCCACACGGUAGGCAAAUUUUGGGCAGCCCUUAUAGAAAUGAGACAACGUGGAAAACUGAUUCUAUGUUCUGUGAUCAAUUUCUUAUUUUAUUGAUGGUUGUUGAGUGUCCACAUACACAGCCAUUGUGAUAUACCUCAGCAAGGUGGGAAUGGGCAUUUUUGGUCCCCCUCCUUAUGUUGCAUGUGGACUAGGACAGGGUGAGUCUGCAAAUGCUCCACUUCGUGCCACAGGACCGGAGAGAGAUCUAGAAUGGUGCUGCUAACUCAACUGCCCCACCCAUCCAGAUUCAUCGUGAGGAGAGUUUCAGGAUUUUAUUUUUCUCCAUAAACCCCAAAGACCUCCAAACCAUUUACCGGUACAUUUUUAAAAUCUUAUUUUGGUCCCUUCUCCCCAAAUGCCAAAUUCAGCCUGGUUCCAUUUUGCUCUCGUGCAAUUCUUCAGAAGACCUCCUUGCAUAAAUUCUAACUGUUUGGAAGUAGGAAAAAAGUGGUGGAGUUGUAGUUGUAAACUGACAACGGUCCAAUUUUCUGCCUCAAAGAUCCGAUGAGAUUAAGAAAUCCAGUGGAGAGCACUGUUGUCUGCUGUGAAGCCAAUGCUUCACCUUAUAAUUUUUAAAAAAUUCAAAUAUAAAUCUUUGAUACGA